AUGGAGCAAACAAGACCGCACGAGAAGCCCAUACACGGCCUGCUGACUCCUUUCGUGGAAGCCCUGCUGAGAGCGGCGAGGGACAUCCCAGGGGGACCAGCUGGCCAGGCCCAUUCCGGAGCCUCUCCCACCGGCCAAGGGGUACCUUUAUCACAAAGCCCAGACGGCAGCAUUGCCCGGAGCGACUCUCGAGGACGACAAGCAGAGCUCUCAGCGCCAGAGGGAGGACGGGCUGGCGGCAGCCGCUGUUUCCGUGGCUCUAUCUGGAAGACAGAAAGCAGAAGAUUUGGAGGCUUUUACAGCUGGGAGGACUCAAGGUCAGCCACAUGGUCCUCCAGCGCCUCAGCUAUCACCUUCGCAUUCUGCCCUGCAGAGCCGCAGAGCGGCCAGCGCCCGGCGCGGAGGAGGAGUGGUGGUCGCCUCUGGUAUCCUGGGCACUACGCCGAGAAGUGCAGUCGAUGCGGCCACCAGCUGCCUGGGGUUGACAGGGCGCGGGUGCCCACAACCCUUCACCCUUUAAGAGCCGCUAGACCUCGUUCAGUCGUGUUUCCGGCAAGUAUCUAUCGAAUGCCUGCUGUGCACCUGUUGCUGUGCACCUGUUGUCGGGGCCGAAGACAGACAGGUCAGGCGGCACCCCUGCCCCAGAGCGCGUGUCUCCUGGCUUGCGGGGGUGCAGGGGUGGGGUGGUCUCCUCUUGCGGCGAGAGCAGUGAAAGGAAUCCGUUCAGCCCAACGCCAGCACUGUCGUCUUGUCGGUUUUCAAACACCAGGAACCCUAGGAAGACAAACAGCUGUGGCAUCUUUGGGAAGACUGUCAGAGAUGGAGAAAGGGAUGAAGCCUCUCCAAGACCCUUUUGCCUUCCGUUCUUACUACUAGUUUAAUAGCUAGAGCUAUUAAGAAUUGCAGUAUUGGGGCAUCUGGGUGGCUCAGCGGGUUAAAGCCUCUGCCUUCAGCUCCGGUCAUGAUCCCAGGGUCCUGGGA